UCUACGCACAAAAUUCACAUCAGCUCUUCAGUUGUUCUCUCUUACAUUCAAAAAUUAAGUCUUUAUCCAAAAAAACAAAUAUGGCAGCUGCGGUUGAGUACAGGUGUUUUGUUGGUGGGCUAGCAUGGGCUACCACUGAUAGUACAUUAGGAGAUGCUUUUGCUCAUUACGGUGAAGUUAUCGAUUCCAAGAUCAUAAACGAUCGUGAGACAGGUAGAUCAAGAGGAUUUGGUUUUGUUACGUUUGGUGAUGAGAAAUCAAUGAGGGACGCAAUUGAAGGAAUGAAUGGCCAGAACCUUGAUGGUCGUAACAUCACUGUUAAUGAAGCUCAAUCACGCGGUAGCGGCGGUGGUGGCGGUGGCGGCCGACGUAGCGGUGGCUACAGCGGUGGAGGCGGUGGCUACGGUGGCGGUGGAUACGGUGGCGGUGGCUACGGUGGUGGGUAUGGCCGACGGGACGGUGGCAACGGUGGUGGUUAUGGUGGUGGCCGUGAUCGCGGAUAUGGCGGCGGCUAUGGUGGUGGCUAUGGUGGUGGUGAUCGUUAUGGUGAUGGUGGGUCCCGCUACUCGAGAGGUGGUGGUGCAUCUGAAGGAAGCUGGAGGAAUGCUCGUUGUGUUACUGUUACUAUGGUUCGUGUUACUGUUCUGGUUUCUCGCUAUUGUUACUUCCAAGAAGCUGUUCUUGCUCAAGUGGGUUUUAUGGCUGAAGAGUACAGUUGUUUCGUUGGUGGGCUAGCAUGGGCCACCACAGAUAGAACCCUAGCUGAUGCUUUCGGUACUUAUGGCGAAGUAGUCGAUUCCAAGAUCAUUAACGACAGAGAAACUGGCAGAUCUAGAGGAUUCGGCUUCGUUACCUUCAAGGAUGAGAAAUCAAUGAAGGAUGCAAUUUCAGCAAUGAACGGUCAGGAACUUGACGGCCGUAACAUCACCGUUAACGAAGCUCAGGCUCGCGGUAGCGGCGGUGGUGGAGGUGGAGGUUUCGGCGGCGGCCGACGUCAAGGCGGCGGCGGAGGUUACGGAGGAGGUGGCGGUGGAUACGGCGGAGGCGGUGGUGGAUACGGAGGUGGACGUCGUGAAGGUGGCGGCGGCGGCUACGGUGGCAGACGUGAAGGUGGCGGUGGUGGUUAUGGUGGUGGUGGAUAUGGCGGUGGUGACCGUUAUUAGAUAGUUUGAUUGAGUUGAUGUUUAGGCUGUUUUUAAUGGCCUUUUUAGAUUAAGUUUAAAUUUGGUGUUAGGUGAAAAAAAGGCAGUAGUGUUAUACUGUGGUUCGGUGGUGGUGUUCCUUAUAUUUUGGUUGUUGAGAUAAGAUAGUGUGAAUCUGUAUUUACAAAGUUCUCUUUGGAAUCAAGUGAAUGAUGGUUUACGAA